UUUUAGAGUCCUAUGUCGCUGACUUCGACGGCAGAAGCUCGUUGCUGUAUCGGUUCAACCAGAAGUCGAUGUCGACGGUGAAGGACGUGAUCUCACUGCGCUUUAAGAGUCAUCAGGCUGAAGGUGUUCUCCUGCACGGGGAGGGCCAGAGAGGAGACUACAUCACCCUGGAGCUUCAUCGAGGACGACUCGACCUCUACCUCAACUUAGACGACAACAGGCCGAGGUUCAGCAGCAGUCGUGUGGCGGUCACCGUGGGCAGUCUGCUGGACGACCAGCACUGGCACGCCGUCCACGUGGAGCGCUUUAACAAACAGGUUAACGUCAGCGUGGACGCACACAUGCAGCACUUCCACGCCAGAGGAGACGGACACUCGCUGGAGGUCGACUACGAGCUGAGUUUCGGAGGCAUCCCACUGCCUGGUAAACCCGGCACCUUUCUGAGGAAGAACUUCCACGGCUGCAUGGAAAACCUCUACUACAAUGGAAUCAAUAUUAUCGACCUGGCCAAGAGACGCAAGCCUCAGAUCCACAGUGUGGGCAAUGUGACCUUCUCAUGCUCGCAGCCCCAGCUGGUGGCCUGCACCUUCCUGAGCUCCAGCAGCAGCUUCCUGUCGCUGCCAUCAGCAGCGUCUGCCACUGGGGGUUUCUCCGCCCGCCUCCAGUUCAGAACGUGGAACCCAGACGGACUGCUGCUCUCCGUGCAGCUGGAGCCAGAGCCCCAGAGACUGGUGCUGCAGAUCAGCAACAGCCGGCUGCACCUGACCCUCCACGUCUCAGGACGGCAGAAAUCAGAGGUCUCUGCUGAGGAAUGUGUAACAGUUCAGCAGGAAGGCAGAGAGCCAGCCGAGUGCCUGGAGCUCCAAAACAUGGAUCUCCAGCAGCAUGAAAUCACCUCUCUGCUCCGGGGAGCGGCAGCACGGGACGACCUGCAGGAGGACGACCUGCAGGAGGACCGACCUGCAGGAGGACCGACCUGCAGGAGGACGACCUGCAGGAAGACCGAUCUGCAGGAGGACGACCUGCAGGAAGACCGACCUGCAGGAAGACCGACCUGCAGGAGGACGACCUGCAGGAGGACGACCUGCAGGAAGACGACCUGCAGGAAGACGACCUGCAGGAAGACCGACCUGCAGGAGGACGACCUGCAGGAAGACGACUUGCAGGAGGACGACCUGCAGGAAGACGACCUGCAGGAGGACGACCUGCAGGAGGACCGACCUGCAGGAAGACAUGAUGAGGUGGUCUGA